AGAUGGUAACACUGACAGAAGGGCCUCUGCAAGGCUAAGAGGGAGCAAGUGGGACAGAAAACCUGCAGAAGGUACUGCAUCCUGUAACAAUGAUUCCAGCCUCAUUUUCUAUCAUAAUUUUAAAUCUAACUCUACCAUACUGACGCGUUCUGUGGUUCAGCAACAUGUUUGGCUUAAUCUGAGCCUUAGGAGCCUCACAUCAUGACUCAUGCUGCUGAUGUGGACAUGGAGCUUCCUAACUGGCCCAUAGCUCCAGACGGCUACAUCCCCAACUCUGUGAUCAGGAACUGGAAGAGGAAAGGAAAACAGCAGAGUAAGCCAGACUUUUGGGAUGACUUCUUUAAUGCCAAUCACUUAGAUGAGGAUGCAACAAGCGAUGCAACAAGCAAUGCAACAAGCGAUGCAACAAGCAAUGCAACAAGUGAUAAAACUGCGAGAAAUAUCUUGUUUGUAGCAUUUGAAGAUGGAGAGGAAGAAAUUACACUUGAGGCAAAAAGGAAGAGGAGUGAAAAGGGUGAUAAAACAAACAAGAAUGAGGACAAUAAACAGAAUGCAAAGGAAGGGAUAAAAGGAAAAGGAAGGGAUAAAAUGAAAGUCAAGGAAAGAAUUGGUGCAUUUAAACCAAGAAUGCAUCAGAGGAAAGAAGAGGGAGAGUGUGUUUUCCAGAAGUUGCUUGAUAUCCAGGUGGAGAGUAGUCUGAGUAAGAACCGGAAGGUUUCAACUGAAAAACGUCUGGUGCCUCAGAAAAGAGAGAUCAGCUUAAAUCUGAAAAACACUGACAGCUUCGUUUCCAGACCAGGAAGUGUUGAGAUUAUGUCUCAUACACAACAGAGAGAGCUGCAGGACAAAACAGAGCUUUGUGAAGACAUCACACCUCCACUUCAAUUUCUCUCCAAACCCAAACAACCCAGCACCAUACCUAGAGAGUGGCUGACGUCUCCUCUGGGGUCUGCAGAGGCUGCCAUCUCAAAGCAAGCUUCACAUCCUCAAACUGUAAACCAACAAACACAACUCAAUGCCACCGCACCUCCUCUACCAAAGUCUCCUCCCUCAAGUCCAGAGGGUCACCAACCUCCACCAGACGUUUGCAUCCCAGAGUGGUCUCCAGCUCAGCAUCCCAGUAUCCUGCUGUCUGCUGCUAAAUAUGACAACAUCAAGAACCAGUCCGAGCUGGCCCUCAAUCUGCAAGUCUUAGCCCUCUUUAAACGUUUUAAAGUCCACCCUCCAACAUUCUCUCCUCAGAGCAAAAGACCUGGUUUUAUUCCUACAGAUGGUCUCUCUUCGCCAUUUGCUUACAUCUCUGCAGGAUUACAUGGACAGACCAGGAAUCUCAGAGCCGCUGCUCCAUUUAUUGUUCCAUUGGCCACUAUUCACCGCCAGCAGCACAGCAACAUCCAGCCUGAAAGGCCAAGUCCUUCAUGCCCUGGUGAUAACCAGCUGACUCCUCAGUUCCGCUAUCCUAUCAGAGACAGCGCCAACAGGCCUAUGCCUGAGUGGAGGAAGACCCUCCACCAAUUGGUCUCUCUUCAGGGUUUCCAUUCUUCACAGGCAGCAGGGCGUUUUGCUGCAGGGCACCCACAGGAGCCUCCCCGCGCAUCACAACCUCCAGUAACCAUCCCCGUACUCCAGCGCGGUCAAGCCGAACCAUCCCAAAGAGUGAUGCAGAAGAUCGCGUUAAAAGAAAGCACAGAGCCGACCCACCGUUGCUUUACCCAAGUAUUCCCUUUGGCUGCUCAUCAAACCUUCGUCACCUCACAUCAAUGCGGGAAGACUCGGUAUGGAAAGCUGCAGUUUGAUUGGACGAGGGGAUUUUAGGAGUAAAAGCUAGUGAGGAGGUGGUGUUCAUUAAAGUGGAAAUUGGUUUGUACAACUUGACGCAUGUUUAGCUACUUGUUUUACUUUGUUUAUAUUUCUUUACCAUUUGCCAUUUUUGUUAAAUGUCACAAAAAGUUGAGGGACAGUUGUAAUUAAUGGCACAUCUUUUUUUUACAUCGAGUAGGAGGUUAAAUUAUGGAAUCACCCUGUAACUGUUCCUGACAACCAAUAUCUGCACAAGCCUAAUUAUCCACAUGAGUCUGCAGUUUAAUGCGGGGUGCCUGCAGGUCUCAGUGUGGCUAACGGACAGGAAGCAUUACUCCAACAAGAAGGCUGUCAGCUCGAACAUGGAGAGGUUUUUAAAACUCAAAGAAGGGAGAUGAACACAAAGUGCGGCAGAAGACUGCAGACAACCAUGAUCUAAAGUACUGUCUUAUCAAAACUGAUGUUCCAUACAACCUUCAAGAUAAAAUGUUUCUAUGGCGUUGCUAUGUUCUUACAAUC